GAGAUCAAAAUAAAUGAUUUAUUUCCUUCCCCACAAUCGUUGGAUAAGCGUAGUUAAAAAAAUGCUUUAUUUGGAUGGAGGGAAAAGCAAUAACUCGUGAUUUGGUGAGGUCACGAUGGAGAAACUGUCAAGAAAUGCUGGUUAUCUAUUUAACAAAACUGUUCUAAAUAACCAUAAAUAUCGCGCAUAUGUUACGACGCCUACAGAUUCCACCGUUUCCCAUCCAUUAAUGGCUCGAAAGAAUUUCCUUAUGAUUGGUGGAUUUCUGCUAUCAGCUAUCUGUGCCAUUGGUAUUUUAUUCAUGCUCGUCACACAUUUUCUCAGCAAACGUUCAUGGCGACGACAAAAAGCCAAAUAUCGCGCACGUGGUUUGGAGUUGCCGCGCAUGCUCGGAAAAGAAGUAACCUUGCCGCUGUAUCAAACAAAAAGAUUCCGAAAGACGAAGCUUUGACGGACGUUUCAUAGCAUGCAAAUGCGGGACUUAUUUGUUGAAUACAAGUGAAAAAGGAAGUCCUCAAAAGGAAGAAUGAAGACACAAUAUUUAUAGAGUCAAGUUAAGUAACAAGACUAACAUGUGACGUGAUACAAUCAUGGUUAUAACGUCAUUUAACAAUAUCCCCAAUAUAACUUUCAGAUUUGGGUGUACAUUUUAUUUUGUGGAAAGUAUAAUUUAUAUCUGAGGGUGAAUGUGCUCGUUUAAAAUCUUUCAAAAAAUGUUUCUAUAAGUGUUUUUAUAUGUGGUCGAAUAUAUAUGAUCAUAAUGAA